AUGAAAUUUGAAAACAUUCUAGAGGAGACCGAUGGCUGUGGAUGGUUUCAGGUGCUGAUCGUCACUCUGCUCUGUAUCCCUCGAGUGAUACUACCGUGUCACUUCCUGCUGAAUAACUUCAUAGCGGCCGUACCCUCUCACCACUGUGAUCUCAGCGCUCUGGAUGAUGGCAGCGUCUUUGGGAAUCUGACCCAGGAGCAGAGACUGACUGUCAGUGUUCCAGUACAGGAAGACGGGACUCCAAGCUCCUGUAAGAUGUUCCCAGAGCCCCAGUUCCACCUCCUGUCCAACUCCAAUAACAGUGACCUAGCUACAGUCCCCUGUCAGAAUGGAUGGGCAUAUGACAACAGCACCUUCAAAUCCACUCUGGCUACAGAGGUAAAAUAAUCAAUUUACUUCCAAUGAUAUCAGUUGAGUGGUGGAUAGCUGAUUCUAACGGUUCAAAGCCCAAAGCAAAUGACAAAGGUGGACAAAAUAAAAGGUAUAAUGCAGGGGAAGACAAUAGGUGGCCCAUUGACCAAAUUCGUUCUGCAAGCAAUUUUAUUUGGCCCCAAAAGUGUUCUUAAUAAAUCAAUAAAAAAUCUAAAAAAUAAAUAAGGAAUUCAGUAUUUUACUUUGGCAAUUCCAUUCCCAAGUAUUCCCAUGAUUAAAUAGAGAGACAAACAGUGUGUGAUCCUGUCUCAGUGUAAACAAGGUAUGAAAUUAUUAUGAUAUUGUCAAAUGAAAUGUAGACUUCUUGCCAGUUUGGUCUUAAUUGUCGUCUAUUUGCAGUACAUUAAUGAUUAUAAUGAUGUUCCGGCCCCCCGACCUACGGCCAGCAGAUUAAUGUCAUUUUGUAUUAACCAAGGCUUUGAGCAAAUUAUACAGUGUCUUGACCCAUGAACACAACACAGAACCAAACUGAAAUAUCUGUAAGACCAUUAAGAGAGAAAACGGUUUUAAAUGAGACCCAUCAGAGUUAGUCAAUUAUUUUCAAAUUCCCUGGUUUAUUGUUAUAGCCACAUUACAUGCAAUUCUGUGUCCAUUUAUUCAAUCAGAAUUUCACUGGUUAGAUAUUGUCCCCACUUUAAGUAACAUACUAUAAUUAUUAUUAUCCUGCUUCAAUUGGUACAUCUAAUUGGAAUUGUGAAUGCAUGUUUUCUUGACUUUCACUAUCAUUGCUCCUCUUUCUAUAAAGUGGGACCUUGUCUGUGACAGAAAAGGCAUGAAUAGAGCCACAGCGACCAUUUUCUUUGUUGGGGUGAUGAUGGGAGCUAUAGCAUUUGGUACCCUCACUGACAAGUAGGUGCUUUUACCCCAAUACCUGAUAUCUACAUUCUUUCUUUAAAUUGAGUUCAUUAUUAGUGGCUGUCUUUCUUGAAUGCUCUUUUCCAGGUUUGGGAGGAAGCCUAUGCUAUUGGUGUCCUAUACCAUAUCCAUGGUAUUUGGAUUUGCCAGCGCGUUCUCUGACUCCUAUACCAUGUUCGCAGUGAUGAGAUUCUUUACCGGCUUUGGACUUACAGGCAUCAGCAUCAUCUCAACCGUUCUCAGUAAGCUAAGCUCUAUAGCUUUCAUAUGAACUGUUAACAAAAUGUUAGACUCCAUUGCUAUGCAAUUUAAAAUCAGUUAUGAAAGUAUAACCUAACAACAUGUUAAUACAUUACAGUGUAUUUAAUAGUGUAGUUAGUGUUGUUACGGAGGUAUAAGAGAAACUUCAUGUAAAGUAAUACCACGUAUAAGAGAAACUUCAUGUAAAGUAAUACCACGUAUAAGAGAAACUUCAUGUAAAGUAAUACCACGUAUAAGAGAAACUUCAUAUAAAGUAAUACCACGUAUAAGAGAAACUUCAUAUAAAGUAAUACCACGUAUGAGAGAAACUUCAUGUAAUGUGAAACCCAAUAAUAUUGUUACUAUUUUACUAUUUAACUCUAUUUACUUUAUUUCAAGGUGUCGAGUGGGUGGACAUUAAGCACCGGGCGUUAAUAGGUAUAACGGGCAGCAUGGCCUGGUCGUUUGGCAACAUGAUGCUAGCGGGCAUUGCGUAUCAAGUGAAUGAUUGGCGGAUGCUAAUGAUAGCUGUCUCCGCCCCCCUGGGCUUGGCUAUCAUCACUUGGUGGUAAGAAUACACUGGGCUAUAUCCGGACCAUAUCCUAAACAUAUCUGUGGAUAUCUGGAUUUGACAUGUUUUUGAUAAAGUAUGGUAUAAGAUGCAGACCAAGAUGCAUAUCUUUAUUUGUGUAACCAGCCCCAUCCACCACCAUGGUGUAGAAGAACUCACCUGAAUAAUGCACAUUCAACAUUUUGCAUCACAUACAGUAUACUACUGUAUAAUAUAAACUGAGUGGUUCGAGCCCUGAAUGCUGAUUGGCUGAAAGCCGUGGUAUAUGAGACCGUAUACCACGGGUAAGAGAAACAUUUUAUUUGUAUUGUUCUAAUUACAUUUGUAACUAAUUUAUAAUAGCAUUAAGGCACCUCGGCGGUUUGUGUUAUAUGCAUUGCAUCGUGCCUAAGAACAGCCCUUAGCCGUGGUAUAUUGGCCAUAUGACACACCCCCUCGGGCCUUAUUGCUUAAAUAUAGUUCACUACAGUAUUGUAGUGACCUUAGUACAAGGUCCUUAGUGACCUCAUCAAGACGGUCGGACCACUUCUUGGCAUAACAGUUAAAGUGUUGGACUGCGAGUCACAGGAACCCAAGUCUGAGUCAGGAUUUGAGGCUACACUCCAAAUUCACUACAGUAUGCGGGGAACUGGUUAUUAUUGUGCUUUGACCCAUUGUAAUGGUUCAUCAUCACUGCAGGUGGCUCCCUGAGUCUGCCAGGUGGCUCAUAGCCAACGGCAAAGUGGAAGGAGCCCGUCUUUACCUGGAGAAAUGUGCUCGUUUUAACAACAGAAAGGACUUCACAUCCAAAAUCAAACUUGAGGUAAAUGCAAACAUUUUCAGUUGCUAGUGAUUACUGCUAAUAAUUACUCUUAUGCAAAAAUGUACAUGGCAUGCAAUCAUCUAUACAGCUUUAUUACAGUUAUGAAGUGUUAGAAAGAGCAGAGGUUUGAAGCACAAAUAUAUAUGUGGAGGAUACACUAGCCAUAAAUGCAACACACUGGAACUAACUGAGCCCCUCUCCCAUGCAUACUGCUUAGCACCUGUCCGAUGUGGUUGUGGUGGACAACCAUAACAAGACCUACUCCUACCUGGACCUGGUGAGGACCCCAAAGAUGAGGAGACUGGCUCUACUAACAGGCAUAGUGUGGUGAGUAUCCCCGGUCUCAUAUCUGGCUCUACUAACAGGCAUAGUGUGGUGAGUAUCCCCGGUCUCAUAUCUGGCUCUAAUAACAGGCAUAGUGUGGUGAGUAUCCCCGGUCUCAUAUCUGUCUCUACUAACAGGCAUAGUGUGGUGAGUAUCCCCGGUCUCAUAUCUGUCACAAAUCAUUGCACAGCUUUGUGUCUAUUUGUGUGUACUGUAUGGACCGAUUUGUGGUACUGUAUGGACCGGUUUGUGGUACUGUAUGGACCGGUUUGUGGUACUGUAUGGACCGGUUUGUGGUACUGUAUGGACUGGUUUUCAGUACUGUAUCGACCGGUUUGUGGUACUGUAUGGACUGGUUUGGGGCUGUAUGGACCGGUACUGUAUGGACUGGUUUGAGGCUGUAUGGACCGGUACUGUAUAGACUGGUUUGCGGUCCAUACAGUACACAAAGCAAUGAAGAAUCUCCAUUGAAAGUGCUUUUUAAUACAGAACUAGUUUUAGGCCUAGAUUCAAUCAGAUCAAGUGUUAACCAGCGAUAGCACACACCCGCAUAGCGGAUGUUUUGGCGGUGUCAAAGGUGGACCUGGGUUGGAGCCGUCAAAUCGUGAGUAGCUGCUCUUACGAUCAUUGUCACGAAGCCACACCCGCCUCACUCGCGUUAGAAGAUUAGAACGAGAGAGUGUAGGCUAUAUAGAAAUAAUUAUGCUCAAAUUGAAAAAUCACAAAACUAAAUAAUGAGGAUUUAUAUCAUCCUAAUGGAGGUGUAGAUUACAUCUCACAUUCCAGUGUUUGAACUUGUAAACAAGGCUGCAUGGGAGUUCUGUUAAUGCAGCCAAUGGCGAUGUCCGCUUUAGGUAUAAUGCCAGGAGCAGCUUGUGGAUAUGACAGCUCUAACACAGUUCCACCUCCGACACCUCUGCUAUGCGGAUGUCGGCGAAAGCGGAUCUGAUUGGAUAGAGCCCUUGAUUCAUCUGUUUCCGAGAAAGUGUCCUUAUGUGUCUAUGAGUUAUCUUUUAUCUAUAUCAAGACAAACAUAAUGCAGGUCUUAUCGACUACUUAAGCAAUGUCAUGGUAUUUCCAGGCACUAUAGUGUAAUUUAGACUAAACAGUCAUUAGCCUCCAUCCAAAAUGACUGGGCUUAUCACCACUUUAGGGCACUGCUAUAGAGGGCGGCUUGAGACCGUUCAUAACAACGGCAUGACGCGACCGAGUGACAGAGGUGCAACUUAUGACAAACACAAUGCAGACCUUAGUGUGUCCUCUCCUCGCAGGUAUGGCGUGGCCUCAACAUAUUAUGGGAUCAGUUUAAACAUUACAGAGUUUGGCCUGAACGUCUACCUCACCCACUUUAUCUACUCUGCCAUCGAGGUGCCCGCCAAGAUGAUCAUCUACUUCUGUCUCGAUACCAUUGGUCGGAAACACUGCCAGGCAGGUACCCUUCUGCUAACGGGAACCUGCAUCGCCAUCAACAUCUUUCUGCCCAAAGGUGACUACAUAAAUAGGCCAUUAUAAUUGCUUUAUAAACGAUAAUGAAUGGUUGUAAAUUAAUUAUGAAUUAUAAUACUUAUAAUGCUUAUAAGCAAAUAAAUUAUAUGAAUAAAGAAAUAUAAAAAUUGUAUAAAUAGUUUUUAAAUGAACGUUUAUAAUAAAGUGUUACCCAAAAUGAAUUUAUAAAUUAUUAUGUGGGGUAAAUGGGACAGUCAGGGAUGUUUAUUUUGUCUUUUGUCGUCCACUGUUUGAGAGAUGACAGUCUUAUCCUCAGGAUAUGUUGUUUUGUUCCUCUGUUCAGGUCAGUGGCACGUUCGCACCAUCGUGGCCGUGCUUGGGAAAGGCCUAUCAGAGGCCUCCUUCACCACUGUCAUCUUGUAUACAGCUGAACUCUACCCUACGGUCGUAAGGUCAGAUUUACCAGUGCAUUUUCACAGUAAAACACGAUUAGAACUGAUUUCCACAAACUGAAGCAUGCUUUAUUUAACAUUUUACAUUGACAUUUUAGUCAUUUAGCAGACGCUCUUAGCCAGAGCGACUGACAAUUAGUGCAUUCAUCUUAAGAUAGCUAGGUGAGACAACAACACAUCACAAUCGUAUCAAGUACAUUUUCCCUCAACAAAGUAUUUAUCAGCAAAGUCAGUGCAUCGGGGGCACCGUGAGAGUUGCUCAGGCCGCAUAACAAAAAGAACAAACAUAAAUAAAAUAAAUGUAACCUUUAUUUUACCAUGUUGUCCCAUUGAUGGCAAAAUACCUGUUUUAGGACAGCCUCAGUCUCAGCAGGAGUUUUCUGAGUCUCACUAUCAACAUUUUCUCCCUAACAGACAAAAUGGGUUGGGUUACAGUAACUUCAUGGCUCGGUUGGGCGUGUCCAUAGCACCCCUCAUCAUCCUAUUGGAGGACACAUGGAAGCCCCUCCCUGAAGUCAUCAUCUGUUGUGUGUCCAUUCUGUCUGGUUUGGUGGCCUUCCUUCUCCCAGAAACCCACAAUGCAAGGCUGCCAGAGACCAUUGAGGACAUUGAACAAACAAAAAAAAGGUAACCCAGCCGACUUCACAAAGAUUGUCAGUGUAAUUUGUAACCUGCUGUUACAGUAUAUACCAGCAGUAGUGGAAAAAUACCCAAUUGUCCUACUUGACUAAAAGUAAAGAUACCUUAACAGAAAAUGACUCAAGUAAAAGUGAAAGUCACCCAGUAAAAUACUACUUGAGUAAAAGCCUAAAAGUGUUUGGUUUUAAAUAUACUUAAGUAUCAAAAGUAAAUGUAAUUGCUAUAAAUCAUUUCAAAUUCCUUAUAUUAAGCAAAACAGAUGGCACGAUUUUCUUGUUUUUGAUUUAUUUACGGAUAACCAGGUGAACACUCCAUCACUCAGACAUCAUUUUCAAACAAAGCAUUUGUGUUUAGUGAGUCUGCCAGAUCAGAGGCAGUAGGGAUGACCACAUGUUCUCAUGAUAAGUGCUUGAAUUUGACAAUUUUCCUGUCCUGCCAGGCAUGUGAAAUGUAACGAGUACUUUUGGGUGUUAGGGGAAGAUGUAUGGGAGUAAAAAGUACAUAUUUUCUUUAAGAAUGUAGUGGAGUAAACUUUAGUACUUCAAAGUAUUUUUACUUAGUUACUUUACACCACUGUCUACCAGGGCUGCCAGGAAAACGUGUGACAAGGCGGCAUCCCUUGCAGUCAGAGUACAGUAUAACUGCAGUACACUGCCGUCAGAGUGCAGUAUAACUGCAGUAUGCUGCAAAUACUGCAUCCAAAAUGACACAGUUUUUUUACUGCAGUAAUUACUGCACUUUUACUGCAGUUUCAAAACUGCAAUCUUUUUUUUGUAAGGGAUAUGCCACAGCACUUUUCAAUCAGUUUGAUUUAGUUUAAUAAAAUAUAUCGACGCAAAGCGUUAAAAAGAUGGGCAUAGUGCUGUUUUUUAGACCGAUUUGUCAACUCUUGCACAAUUUCUCUGUCCUUCACAUCUAAGUGCUGCUGCAGGCUCUUUGCAUGUCUUGACCAAUGAGAUUCACGGAAAUUGCAGGUCGUGCGAGCCGGGCACAACCCACAAAGCUCAAGGCGCGCUCUCCGCGUUCCUCCUGUAUUUGUUAAGCAAGUGUGAUAACAUCACUCCCGACAGACACAAGCAAAAACUCUUCCAUAAAUGUAUCAGCCUACACCUAAACAUUAGCGAUCUGACAUGUUGUAUUGCAUGGAAAAUAUAAUAUUUUUCAGUCUGAUCAACUGUAGGCUACUAACAACAGCAGCUGCAUAGUCUAGCCUACUAUGGGCCCUGUCCCUCUAGCCAGGGUAAAUGAAGAGGUAAUGUUGUGUAUUUAUAGCCCAUUUGUUUGUGAAAAAAUGUGAAUUGGAUCAAAUUUGGUUUAAAUUAAAACUUGGGCUGACCAGGCUACCUACACCUUUUCCAUCCAAAAUUAUUAACUGGAAUUAAUCAAUAAACACAAUAGCUGACAUAGUUUAGGCCUACAAUUGCAUAGUUAAGUGAUAAUGCCUGAGAUCCCGGUGUUUGUUGGAUAUAUUGGCACGGGUGUUGUUAGGCCCGAGACUGAGUCGAGGGCUGACAAACCGUGCCAAUAUAUCCUGCAAACACCGGCUUCGAGGGCAUUAUCACUUGUAUAUAUAUAUUUGUCUAAAACUAACAGUGAAAUAUGACUGCGUCCUUCAAAACAGAAGUCCAAACUCUCGCGGUACAGUAGCUCAAUGUACGGUAGUUGCGUGGUAAGAAACGGAAGAAAAAAACACAGCUCAAUUAAAACCAUCUAACCCCUUCAAACUCAACUCUGGACAUCGAAGCAUUUUUUCAUUGUUCCCCUCUAAUCAGGGACUGAUUUAGACCUGGGACACCAGGUGGGUGCAAUUAAUUAUCAGGUAGAACAGAAAACCAGCAGGCUCCAGACCUCGUAGAGUUGAAUACCGCUGGUAACCUAUAGCGGAGCGCUUUCCACACACCCACUCCUUUCCACACACCCACCGCUUUCCUUUCGACACACCCACUCGCCCAUACUCCGGUCGCCAUAUUGGGAUAUAGCUUCCCCCUUCACCAAUCAUGUUGCUUUCUCUGUGUAUAGGAAAUCCCCCUAGUCCUUUAAAAAAAUAUCAUUAAUAUGAAUAAGUACAAGGUUGCUGCAGUUUGAUAGGGUUUUCAUCCUCCCCAAAGCCAGGAGUUUUUUUUUAACCAUGUGACCUGAUUAGAAAAACUCUGGUCCCAUCAUAGCCCAUAUUAAACCUUUCUAUAACAGAUUAAUCACAUCAUACUGUAGGUUCACAGGAGGCUGCUGAGGGGAGGACGGCUCAUAAAAAUAGCUGGAAUGGAGUAAAUGGAAUGGAAUGUGCAAGAUUCCAAUGUAAGAGUUGCAUGUGGUCCUCUGUAGCUCAGCUGGUAGAGCACGGCACUUGUAACGCCAAGGUAGUGGGUUCGAUCCCCGGGACCACCCAUACACAAAAAUGUAUAUACGCAUGACUGUAAGUUGCUUUGGAUAAAAGCGUCUGCUAAAUGGCAUAUUAUUAUUAUUAUAAUGUAAAUGGAAUGGAAUUCCAUUCUAGCCAUUACAAUGAGCCCGUCCUCCCCAAUUAAGGUGCCAGCGGCUGCCUCUGGUUAGGUUACCAGAUCAGGAAAAAUAACAGGGCCACACCACUGUGGGACCUGUGGUGCUACCUCUGUUAUAUAGUCAAAUGUGACAUGAGGUGUGUAGUGACAACAUACAUAAAAAGAAAAUGUCCUUCUCUCUCCAGAAAUCCCAUCUUUGUCUUACCAAUGGAGAAGACUGAGGUACUGCUGAAGUCACAGAAGAAUAAUGAGCUGGAUCAAUGACUGAGACAUUCACUUAACUACACAGGUUUUAUUGUUUAGGGCUGCAUACUGUACACAAGUUGCAAACUGUUUCAAGGGUAUGAUAUUUCUGACUUCAGAACUGUUGUACAGAACGCCUAUGUUUCUAAUUCUAGCAUUGCUUCUGUAAUAAACCAAUUCCAGUGGAACGUGUUGCAUGCACCUUGUAGGUUCUGUAGCCAAUCUCUUGUCUCUGUGGUUGAUAUACAAUAUUUGAAGUGACUUCACAUUCAAACUAUAGGC